GUAGGAGAAGCAUUCAAGGGUGUUCACGGCUCCUAAUUAGUUAGCACCGGCGACAACAGGAGAGCUCUGCCAUACCUCAACACAUAGCACCAUAACUGUGGACGUAGUCACCAAGACCACCAUAGUGGUAGCUCUGAUGAUCUCGUUGAUACUCAUAAAUAUUGACAUGAGUCGUAUCUGGCUUACUCAAGCUACUAAUUAAUAAGAGACCAAGACGGCGGUUUCCUCCAGCAUCCUCACCUCGUCACAUGCACACCUACCUACCUUGCUAACUGACCACAGCUGCUAACUAGACCUACCUUACCUAUCAAGCGCCACCACCUCCACCUCCCGCUUCCAACCACCAUCCAUUACAUACACUACUAACCUUACAUCACAAUACCACGACUCUUCACAUUCAUCCUGCCUUUUGUCAUCGUGCUCGCCCUCUCGUUGUUUCGUUAUCUUGCCUGAGCACUGCGUUUUCUGGUCGAAGGCCAGUUUUCUACUAAUCAAGCUACCCCAGAUUCCACCGCGGCAGGAAACCGCGGAGAGGCCGUCCUGGACUCCUCCGACGAGCCAUCGCACCCAAAUCUCCACGACACCACUUCCAGUGAUCCAGACACGCCACACCUUCUCUCGAACUCUUCUAACACUACUGCUUCCGCCCAUUCCUCCGCCGUCUCCCCGGCUAACGCAACCGCGCCCCAACCCCAUCGACAAAACCGGAAUCAGACACAGACUGGCAUCGCGAAUAUAGAUUCUUCGGUUGCCAGAUUUGAAGGACUUCCGGGUCAAGUACCGGCUCGGACACUCGGACGACGUCAACGCUCCCCGGCUCCUGACCGCCGUUUCGAACCGUCGACUGGCCAAUCUUACACGCCAGACGGAAAUCUUAUCGCUGAGCCUAGAGCAAAGCGACGAAGAGGGAACGUCACCAUGGGUGGCAGUGACAUUCUUGAUCCCCAUAAUGGUGCUCCUUUGGGAAUAUCUAAUGGAUCAAAUGAAGUGUUUUCAGGGGUGACAAACGGUAACAAGACUCCCAUGAACGGGUCUUCAGCUCGAGAUAAGAACACUUCGGUCAUUCGAGGCAACGAACAAUCUUCAAAGUAUUUUGGCCAUGAUCGCGAGGAGGUAACCCGACUAUUGAUACAAGCGUUGUCAGACAUGGGAUAUCGAACUGCCGCAGAUAAUGUGAGCCAAGAGAGUGGGUACGAAUUGGAAAGUCCAACUGUAGCCGGCUUCAGAUCUGCUGUUCUGACCGGGUCAUGGCCCGUGGCAGAAGAGUUGCUUGCUGGCGCUUCGUUGGAGACUGAAGGCCCAGGUAACGGCCUUGUAUUGGCACCUGGCGCGGAUCCCAACGCCAUGAGGUUUUGGUUACGACAGCAGAAGUUUCUGGAGCUUCUGGAGCAGAAGGAUACAAGUAAGGCUCUGAUAGUACUUCGAAGCGAGUUGACACCGUUAUCCCAUGACACUGGUAAACUGCAUUUCCUAUCAGGUCUACUCAUGUGUCGUUCGGUCGAGGAUCUUAUGGCAAAGGCCGAAUGGGAUGGUGCGAAUGGCCAAUCUCGAAAGAUGUUGCUCUCGGAGUUAUCAAAAUGCAUAUCACCGUCGGUCAUGCUCCCUGAGAACCGCCUGGCAGUCCUUCUUGAGCAGGUUAAGCAGAGUCAGAUCGACACCUGUCUAUACCAUACUGAAGCGUUAUCGCCUUCGCUCUACUCAGACCACUUUUGUGACAGACGCAACUUCCCAACGGAGGUCGCAUUGGAGCUUUCGAAUAUGGGCGAUGAGAUUUGGCAGGUACAAUUCUCCCAUGACGGAACCAAGAUGGCGGCGUGCGGCAGUAGCCCAGAGGUUAUGAUAUGGGAUACACGCACCUUCAAAGUUUUAGAGUCUCUCGACGGCCAUGAUGGCGGUGUCGGCAACAUCGUUUUUAGCCCUGACGAUUCCCUGAUUCUCUGCUGCUCGAGAGACGGGCACGCAAGAUUGUGGACUACGAGAGACGGGACUUUGAUCAGGAAAUUUCCUAAAUUCGAGGAGCCUGUGAGCGGCUGCGUCUGGGCUCAGGACAGUCGGUCACUAGUUGUUGGAACGCUAGAUCCUAAUUACAGCCUUCGAACUCUGAACCUGGAUACGAGUGAGCAGUACGAGUGGGGGGUAAAGCAUAGAGUCCAGGAUCUAUGUGGAUCGCCAGACGGUCGUUGGCUCGUGGCUGUGGAUAAUCAGCAGACAAUCCACGUCUAUAACGCUGUUACCCGAGAAUUGGAGUUUGAUAUGGAACUUAAAGCCCGACCGACAUCAGUCAACAUCAGCCAAGACUCGCGUCAUCUUCUUGUCAAUAAGUGCGACGGUGAAGCUCAGCUCAUUGACCUCUUGACGCGGAACUCGGUCCAGAAGUUUUUCGGUCACACAGGCGGUGACUAUCUAAUUCGAUGUUCGUUUGGUGGAGCCAACGAGAGUUUUGUUCUAAGUGGCAGUGAAGAUGGCAACAUCGUUAUAUGGCAUAAAAACACGGGUGCGGCAGUCGAGCGCCUACAUGGCCAUCAUCCCCGCUGCAAUGCUGUUGCGUGGAAUCCUACCGACUCGUAUAUGCUCGCAUCAGCGGGAGACGAUGGCCGGAUAAAGAUCUGGUCCAACAAAACGGUCAGUGGUGAAUUAAGGGCUCGUCAUAAUCAAGCAGGCAACGGCUGGACAGCAGAGGAACGAUGAAUACGGCAUCGCCAAAGACUCCUGACGCAUUCUAGUGACUUUUUUUUUAUGGCAGGAAGAACACGGUGGGCGUGCUUUGUGUUUGGCUUAUAGAGUAGAUGGAAGCGAAUGUACGGAAGUAUAACACCAAGAUUACUUACGCCGGCACAGCCAUAAUUAUCAUGGGCUGAGAAGAAUAGGGGAAAUAACCAUUGAUGCUCGGCGUUAGGUCUAGGUGGUGGCUGAUGUGUAAAACGAGAUGUCUGAAUAAUCUGUCAAGUGCCUCACCCUCCUGUAUUCAUGUAGGCAGACGCAUGAGUAUGAAAUCCCAUCUUCACAAUCCGUCUCCUGACCGUUUCGACCUUGGUAGACUGGAGCGAGUGCCCUUUGUGUGCCGAAAACUUAACUUCUUGCACUGGACCGGACAGACUGCGAAAUCGUUCCUCACAACAUAUACUCAGCCAAACUAGCAGAAGAAAGUUGUGAGCCGCCGAUUGCAAAGCGCGAGCCAGCUAUACACACAGGACAGGCGGUAGUAUCGGUACAACUAUUUGGAGUCAUGAAGUUUAUAGCAUCCUGUAACUUGUGCUCAACCCCGACGUCGCUUGACCCCCAGCAAACCUGGCGAUUUGAAACAGCAUGGGAGAGAAUCAAAGUGUCAACAACAUGUGUAGCUCAAAGUGGUUACCUAAGUUGGUAGUCAAGGCGCGGUACAUUGACUGCUAUCAAGGAUGUGAUCCGAACGAAUUCUUACAUUCACAACCAGCCAAUAACACAGAACAAAGUUAUUAGGCAGACUGAUUGCCUUCGUCAUUUGCUACCUGGAGUCCCAUAGAUUCCUCUAGUAUUCUAGCUUGCCUAUAAAAAGCCUGGCUUCUUCUUUGUAUUCAAAUGAAUCAAGUUGCAUCUUAUAUCUCUUCAAAAGUCAGGAUUUGGAUUGGCCAGCUAAGCAAGAGGAUGACAGACAAGAAACCCGUUCCUGUAAUGUCAGAGUGAAAGUAGCCGGAUUAAAGCACGGAAUUGGCCAAGGUCUCAUUCAGCCGAUAAAUGAUAGACAACGCCCAAGAGAAGCAAGAAACUCGGGGGCCUUUAUCAUGAAGGACAAAAAAUGUUUGGCCAUCUUUCCUACUCCCCAGGGGACGUCUCGUAAGGCGUAUGGGUAUUUGAAGAAUCUUAAGCUCAAAUAUAAGAAUUGAGUUCACUAUCAGCAGUGCCUGCAUGAACUGACCUUGCGGUACUGGGACCAGGGCAGAUAGAUGAUUGGGUUGGUGACCAGGUCAAGCACGGGACGGCACGCCAUUUGUGCAUCGGCAAGAUCGAUCUUGAAUAGAAGCUGUGAGAAUCGUAAUUUAGUAAAUGACAGACUGGGAAUACUCAGGGACUCGACACGGC